AUGGUAAAUGUGAUGGUGGUGGUGGUGACGUUGUAUACUAGAUUUUUAGCAAAAGAAGAUCCAAUUAAAGGUCAUAAAUGGUGGAUAUUGCAUGGAUUACACACAGCUGGUAAAGUUUAUAUCGACAAAGGAGCAGCAACAGCCAUUUCAAAGAAAGGACAAAAAUGUAGUUUGUUUUCUGCAGGAAUUGUAAAAGUUCAGGGUAACUUUAGUUCGAAUCAAGCAGUUCAUAUAGUUUAUGAGAAUCGGCCAAUAAAAGUUGGUGAACAACAACAAGUAGAUGAUGUAAAAGAUGAAAAAGAAAAUCAUAAUGUGAUUAAUAUUGGUAAAGGUUUGGUGAAUUAUAAUUCCAUGGAAAUUUCUAGAAUCAAAGGUUGCAAAAGUUCUGAAAUAGCAGAGAAAUUGGGUUAUACUGAUUCAGAAUUAAAUUAA